CAGAGUUAAUAGCAGUUCGAUCAUGGCAAGAUUCGAGGUAGCAGCACUGCUUGCAGUAUUGAAUCUCUUUUAUUUUGGCUCGGAGGGGGCGACCCAGCCUGGAAACUGCAGGAUUGUGUGUGACCCUUUUCAAAGCCAGAGCGACACACAUGACCAGGGUGUAAAUGUCUUGGUCAUCCCUCUCUCUUCAUCGGGAGGGGGUUCCCCAGGACCAGCAGGACCACCAGGUAAAGCAGGACCCCCUGGACCUCCUGGACCUAAAGGACAAGGCUCUCUAGCACGAGGGCCAGUUGCCUUUUAUGCAGCCCUGAAGGAAGAUUUUAGAAAGGAUGAUGUUUUAAAGUUUACCAACGUGAUAACAAAUCUGGGUAACCACUAUGACUCUUUAACUGGGACUUUUACAUGCCAGUCAGCUGGGGUGUACCACUUUAGCUUCAACAUUGUAAAGACCGGAGUCAGUCUCAGGGCAGAUUUGGUGGUCAACAAUGAUAAGGUUGUAGCGAGUGCCGUGGCGGUAGAUGCGCUCCACACCGAUACUGCCAGCAACAGCGCAGUGGUGCAGCUGGGAUCUGGAGAUCGGGUGAAUGUUCGCCUAAUCAAGAGUGAUAGUACGCUGAAGGACACCCAGAAUCUGUUCAGCACCUUUUCCGGUUACCUCCUAUACGAGCUCUGAGACCCACACUUUUACACAAGUCCUCUGUGUCCUCCAUGAGACCAUAACACCAACAAUAAAGGCUCUAAACAUCACUGAAUCUUAGGGUCAUUUAUUCUUAGCCUCUGUACGAUUGUUUCCUCCUUUUGUGUUAGAUUGAUGUGGUGCCACUUUGUAUUCAGUCAGAGUUUCUCAUUGAAUAAAGAAGGCUCUGUUACCAAG